AUGCUUGUACCGAUGUUACAUUUUGAAAAAGCGGGUUUUGAGAUGGAAAUCUACACCCCCACGGGCGCACCAGUACAGAUUGAAAUGUGGGCAUUUCCUCAUGAAGAUACAGAUGUACAGCGCAUCUACCGCGACUACAAAGCGCAGUUUGAGCAGCCGAAAAACCUGCACGAUUUUGUGGCAAAUGACAUGGCGGCUGCCAAAAACUAUGCAGCGAUUUUUAUUCCAGGUGGGCACGGGGCUAUGCUGGGAUUGCCAGAAAACCAAGAUGUUAAAAAGCUGCUUUUGUGGACGCAACAGCAAGACCUGAUGAUGUGCGCAAUCUGUCAUGGCCCAGCGGCGUUACUGGCGGCGGCAAUGGGUGAAGACGCAAAAAACUUUAUGUAUCGGGGUUACAAGAUGACGGCUUUUCCCGAUGCGGCAGACCGACAAACGCCACUGGUGGGCUAUAUGCCUGGGCAUUUGACAUGGGCAUUUGGCAAGUGCCUGCAAGACCUGGGCGUGGAGAUUGUCAAUAAAAAAGCCGAUGCCAGCGUUUUGCAAGACCGCAACCUUGUUACGGGCGCAAGCCCCAAAGCGGCCAACGCGUUUGGCAAGCUGGCAACCCAGGCCUUGCUCAAAAAAGAGAACAAACAGACUAUUUGA